UAUGUGUCUUCACCGCCUUGAUACCACUUCGUCGUCUUUUCCAAGAUUCCCAUCUAAUCGACUUACUUACCAGUAAUUCAUUUCUGAUUGCGGUUAAAAUUCACAAUCCGGUUCAAAGCAACAACGAGCAAUAAUCCACAAUGCCAGCCUCCGCUCAAGCAGCCAUGGAUGUCAGCGAGUUCGAGAAGACGCUCCUCCAACUGCGAUGUUUCGACACCAUGUUUCUGGUCGACGAUUCGGAGCAUAUGCAGCCUUACUGGCCCGAAAUCAAGACACUGAUAGAGCGCAUUGCACCCAUUUGCGCCAAGCAUGAUCCGGAUGGAGUGGACCUGUACUUUGUCAAUCACCGACCUGGAGGCGUCUUGGCCAAGCUGCCCGGAGUGCAGUCCAUCCGAAAGUCGGGCUACACGCACAUCGGCGGCUUCGUCGGCAACAUGCUCUUGACGAGCAAGGGAAAGCAGGUCGGUGCCAUCUUCGACAGCGUCAAGCCGGCUGGCAAGUGCAACAUGGGCGCCAGGCUCGGCGGCUUGCUCAAGUGGUACUGCGAUAAGUUUACUGCGGGAGAGGAGAAGGCGGCUCUCAACAUUGUCGUGAUCACAGCCGGCCAGUUCGACGACGAUAUCAAAUCACCCCUGAUCCAGGCCGCCAGGACUCUCGAUGAGGCCAAGGCACCGAUUCAUCAGGCUGGCGUCCAGCUCUUCCGCGUUGGGGGCCCGAAUCUUGCACGACAGAAGACUCUGCAGCAUCUCGAUGACGAGCUGCACAAGGAGGCUAAAACGCGAGACAUUGUCGACACAGUGACGUGGAGUGGACACGGCACAUCCAUGCCGGACGAUGAGCUGCUCAAGGUCGUAUUAGGCGCUGUUAUCAAGAAGAUCGAUAUCCGUGCCUCUGAGUUGCACUUGGACGACUUGGCUCCGAGUGCACGCGCCGAGCGGGAGUAUGAUGAAGAAAAUCAAAUCUAACGUGCGGAACACUGCCUUACGCACUUUGAGACAUUACUUGUAUUCUAUUCAGUUACAUCAACGAAAAGUUGUCAUGUGUAUUUCGAAGAAUGCAGGCCAUGUCAAUUUUCCCUUGGUCCCUCGGAUCUUAGUGAAUGGAGAGUUCUAAUCAGAAGCUAUGCAAACUGUGAUGGAUCUCAAGUCUUAUCAUCCAUUUAUUGAAAUAAUGAGCUCCUGGUGCUAACAGAACUUCCUGAUGAAUAAAAGCCUCCAG